UCAUAUUGUACAGGGGAGGUCCAUGUCAUAUUGUACAUAAGAGGUCUAUGUUUUAUUGUACAGAGGAGGUCCAUUGCAUUGUACAGAGGUGGUCCAUGGCGUAUUUGAACAGAGGAGGUCCAUGGCAUACUGUACAGCGGAGAUCCCUGUUAUAUGUACAGAGGAGGUCCAUGGCGUAUUGUACAAAGGAGGUUCAUGGCAUACUGUACAGAGGAGGUCCAUGUGAUAUUGUACAGAGGGGUCCAUGGCAUAUUGUACAGAGGAGGUCCAUGGCAUUUUGUACAGAGGAGAUCCGUGUCAUAUUGUACAGAAGAGGUCCAUGUCAUGAUUGGACAGGCACAGGGUGAGAUAUCCUGUAGACAGG